AUGGCAUCAGAAGGCUCCUUGAUUGAGAAGCUGGACGGCUUGCUCAAUGAUGUGUUAUCUGACUGGAAUCUCUACACUAGCUUGAUUGCCGGUGCUAUUGUCGCCUUCGCCGUCUUCUCGUUCGUUACAUCCAAAGAUCCGGAGAUUCAUCCUUUUUUGCUCGCCCGUCAAUCGACUGCCUUUCCCGUACAACAGCCUGGUGAGUCUGCUGCGCAUAGGAGUCUGGAGACCCCGCACGGAUUCCCGCUCAGAUCUGGCCUGAAUGUGAAAGAUCCUGAUGCGCCAAAGUGGACAAGUGGACGAAAUGGUGAUCUGCGUGAUGUCUGGAAGGCCGCAGUUCGCGGAAAGACUGACAAUAAUGGCGCCGUCUCCGGAAAGCAGAGCAAGAUUUAUACAGUGCUCGGGAAACAAGCUGUGGAACACUCUUUGGACCAAAUCACGGCCGAGAUCAAUGUAAUUGGAAAGCGUUUACAUUCGGGCAACGCGGAAGUCGUCGCGGUCUGUCUAACUGAUUCGGUUGAGCUCUUGGCCUCAAUCUUCGCUGGAGCUUUCUAUGGAUUCAAAGUCGUCAUCAUCCCUCACAACCUUCCUGCGGAGGAACUUUCCGGGCUAUUGCAGAAGGCCCGGGCAGACUCGUUGAUCGCAGAGGCGGGCGCCCUUGAUCUCACUUUGAUAGCCAAGGAUAACCAGCAACUUUCCCAUGUGAUCUGGGUUGCGAAAAUAGGAAGUCGACAUAUGGAUUGGAAUGAUGUGCCCAAGGAAGUCGAAGACCACCUAGAUGUCGCUGUUUGGCAUGAACUUGUGGACGAGAAGAAAGAGUUGGCUGGACUGGAGGUGCCCGAAUGGGACCCUACCUCCAAAACUCCCACCUUGUCCACCUUGUGGUCGGGCGAAUUUGUUGAAUAUGGCCCAGAGAACCUUGUUGCAGGCAUAUCCGGCUUGAUUUAUUCUUUGCCCCGUACCCAACGGUUCGACAGUGACGACCUGGUUCUCUCCAUUGACUCACUCUCGCGGUUGUAUCCUCUCUGCCAAAUCUUUGCUGCCCUUUUCACCAACGCUUCCGUGGCCUUGAACUCUGUUGCCGGAGAAAAUGUCGACUUUGCUCUUGCUACCGUUGGAGUGUCUCCCACUGUCAUCAUCGCGUCCUCUCGCACGAUAUCUGAGUACCACGCCAAGUUCAUGAAACCGCACUCCGGUCUUCUUUCCUCUUUGGCCCGUUGGUUCCAGGUGCGGUCACUUGAUGCUGGAAAUAUGCCAUCUCAAGGAUUCUUCAGCCGACUGGCCACUGUUGGACCCACGGCAGAGCUUUCUCUUGAUAGGCUCCGCCUUCUUUGCGUUGCUCAUCGUAUUGAUGACGCUGCCGACGCCCGUCUCGACCACGAGCAACUGACUGAUCUUAGGGUCCUCACUGGGGCCCGCGUGGUUUAUGCUCUUACGGGGCCUGGAGUUGCUGGUGCUAUUUCACAGACCAAUGUUUUCGACUACCGCCGCUUCGACGGGCCCAGCCAUUUCGGGGCUCCGUUGAGCACCGUCGAGGUUCUUCUCAGCGGUGUAUCUGGAGAUACCGAGCAAGGACACCUUACGGUCUCUGGACCCUCUGUAAUCUCUGGCAAGACAACCUUGCCCGUACAAGCUCGCAUUCGGGACGACAAUACUUUCGAUCUGUGUUUGUGA